UCGAGUCCGUUUCGUAUUUUUCGCGAUUAGCGGCAAUGUAGGAAAGUCGUAAGUGGCGAUGGCAGUAAGGUCGGUUUUCGCGCGCACGCCGCGCCUACCCGGCUAAAUUAAAACUGCCUGCUGAGAGCCCUUCGUCGGUCGGAACGAACUCGCCGCUGAAAUAGAUCGUAUUGCACAUAGAAAAUUCUGACAGCUCGGGACCGUCACAAGAAAAUAAUGUCGUUUUUAUUACAUUUUUUGAUAAAUUAUUAUUCUAGUUUCGGUUCGGCGGCGUUCCAACGGCCUUAUCGAUUUUCCUAUUUAGCGCGCUAUCGUAUUUUAUACAUUUUCGAAAGGUCCGCGGCGCGUCUAUGCGCUUUCGAAAAAUAUUUUACAAGUAUUUUCUCGGCGGCGAACGGACGUCGAGUGCGGUGCCGUAAAUUGGUAAUAAUUCCGUUGAUUACACAGUAAUAUAGUGUCCGAAUAUGGGUUAGUGGUGAUGAAUACGGACAUGACGAGCGUUGACUUCUGUGAUACAAUCCUAUGAAAAAUGUUUGUGUUUGUGCAAGUUUUUAGUGCAUAGUUGGUUGAUAGUUUGUGUCUGGUGCAUUCCGAUUGUGAAAGUGCACGGCUUGUGUUAUUGUGCGUCGGAUGCUGCAGCUGUGGUCAUAGAACUGGCUGCACUUUGCUCACCUGAUCCGUCACUCGUACCAUACCACCGGAAUAAACAUUCCAAAUUAGCAAAACAUAUGUACCUAAAAGUGAAAUUAUAGAUUUAAGUCUAGAUUUAAAGGUUAGACCAAAAUUCUUAGCCAAACUCCUUCAAUCGACACUGAUGACCUGCCUUUUCCAAACCAAAGUUUUAAAAUUAAUUUAUUUUUGGACAUUAACAAGAUAUUGAGGAUGAUGACUCCGCAACAGUAUUGUUUGAGAUGGAAACACCAUCACACCAACGUCCAGAACAUGUUCGCACAGCUCCUCGAGAAAGAACGAUUCUGUGAUGUGACGCUGUACUGCUCUCCGAGUUUCGCGACACAAGUCGGUGGCAAGGACACCGUGGAGCCACAGAACAUAAGGGGAGUCUCUUUAAGAGCACACAGGGUGGUGUUAGCAGCGUGUUCAGAACUCCUCGGUGCGUUGCUGGGAGCUCACGAGGCGCAAGGCGAGCCGGUGCUGGUGAUCGAUGGCGCCGAGCCACGGCAUCUGAAGGCACUGCUCGACUACAUGUAUACUGGAGAGAUGAAUGUGCAUCAUUCGCAGUUGGCGAGUUUAUUGAAGACAGCUGAGGAGCUCCGCAUCAAAGGUCUCACAGACAUACGCUGGAACAACAAGGAUGAACCGCCUGACUCGGAAGCAGUGACAACAGCAACGCCAACGGACCCGAAGCCUAUAGAAAAAGUGCCCGAACCGAGACCAGUACCCAAGCCCUCACCUAAGGCGACACCCUCUCCUAAGGCGACUCCUGAACCGGAACCCAGGCCCAAGAAAGACGAGACGAGUGAUGGGGAGGUUAAAGGGGAAAAAUUUAAUGUGAAUGGAGGUCCACCGCCAUUAAUAAAGUUGCCAGUCAAAGAGAAACUAAGUCCUGCCAAACGAGAACAUUCUGAUUCAGAAAGCACAAGUCCAAAGCGACAGCGAAUAGCAAGCGGUACUGAACACACGGACGACGAAAUGCCUAGUAAUGUACCUAAAUCAGAAAGAGACAGAGACAAAGAUCAAGAGUGGCGGUAUGGGAACUUACAAGUAUAUGAACCUCAGGACAUCACUGCGGAGAGGGUCGUGGGCUGGGGGAUGAGGGCUUCACGGUCUACCUCCAGGGACCCCUCGGACGACGAGUGGGCCGAUGCCCCCGCUGAUAUAGGAUCCUUCCUACAUACGAAAUUGAGGGUCGAUGGAGACAAUAGUGCAGACGAGGAAUCAAACGAGAGUGUACCGACGCGGCAGUCGGCGGCGGCGUCAUCGUCGUCAUCAGCGGCUGCGUCAUCAGUGUCCGCGGCUGAACUCAGAGCUGAACUCGCGAAGGCACAACUUUCACAACUCAAUCGGAGUGCAGCAGCAACACCAACAACGGCGGGUCCAAAGUCCGGUCCGACGGACCCCAGGUUCACAGACGUGGUGAAACUGAACGACUACCUCCAGCACGGUAGACGGCCGCAGUUCUGGGAGGAGAAUUAUGUUAAAAGGGUGAUGGAAGCGGUCCGCCUGAAGGAGUUGGAGAUGAAGCAGGCGGCCGAGAUACUGGGAGUGAGCUACGGCACUCUGUACGGGAGGUACCGGGACGUGUACGGCUGUAUUAACCGACCCUACCGAAUAAUAAACGGUAGUUCAUCACCACAUCUGACCCCCAGGGCGGUGAGAGACUUCUGGCAAGCCAAGGGUCCCUCCGAAGUCCUCGACAGGCUCCAGCGAGGGGAGAUGACACUGGACGCUGCGGCUCAGUCUCUCGGUGUCAGCAUCGCCAAUUUAGCUGCUCAUUUAGCUGACUUCGGAUUGCCGGAGAAAGAAUUCGAGCCGAUCCCGAUAGAGAUGGACCCGUCCCUGAAGGUCCGGUCGCGUACGUACAGCGCGAGCGGUGCGUCCGUCAAGUUACGGAAGCCGCCGCCUCCCCCCACUGCCACGGCCACCACGCCCCCCGCCGCGCCCGGGGACAAGCCUAUAAAGAAGAUAGUGAUUGGCUCAGUGUCGGACGAGGAGACGAUCCCCGCCACGGUGAUAUCUACACACGACGCCAAACAGACGCCCGCACCCACUGCUACUACUACUUCAGGCAAAUGGCCAACAAUAAGAGUGGCGAGCCUAGACUCACUACGCGGGGGCGAAGUCCCUGCGCCCCCCGCCCCCGCGCCGCCGCCCCCCGCGUCGCCCUCCGCCCUAAUGCGGACGAGGCCCGACCUCACCAUCGUCGCAGCCCGCCGCCCCGACCAUAAACAAGACGAGGACGACACUACGUGAUGUAUAAAUAAUAAUUAUUGUUAUAAUGUCUAGUAAUUAUUAAUUAGACCCGCGCCCUUGUGAUUUAUACUCUGUGAACUUUUCCCGCCGUACUCAUGGUCAAAUACUCAAACGCCACUUAAUUAUAAUACGCUCUCAAGUAUAGUACUAUCUUUGCAUUAUAACUUUUUUAAAUUAAUUAUUAUGUCGCUGCAUCGUGUCGCGAAAUGCUGCCCAUGAACAUGA